AUGGCUGAUGAUAGAGGGAUGUCGUGGAGCGACGAGGAGACUACGGUAUUGAUCGAAUUAUGGGGCGACAAUACCAUCCAGAGGGCACUUGAUGGUGCAAAACAUAACUCGAAAGUGUACGAGAGGGUCUCAGCACGUAUGCAGAUACGUGGUUUCAGAGACAGGACUGCAUUGAAAUGUCAGAACAAGAUCAAGAGACUAAAAGAAAAAUACAGGGAGGAGCUGAAAAGAGUGAAUAAGUCUGGCGCUGGUGGUAGGAUCAACAUGUGGCAAUUUUUCGAUCCAAUUGAUGCAAUAAUUGGGGAUCGCCCAACAUGUACGCCCCCAGUGUUGUUGCAGACAGGUAGAUUGUCAGUUAGGAGCCCAACUCCAAGCAGUUCAAACUUCGAAAGUGAUGAGGCUGGUGAUGAGGAGGACCCGGCAGACUUAGACGAAGAUGGCAGCUUUAGCUUUGCAGAGCAACAGGCCAAUAAUACCAGUACAUCAUCAGGAGCUGGGAAUCAGACAGAUUUAGGUACUAAACAAGAGGCCCAUGAGUCUGGCGCUCAGCUGAGUAAGCAGAUACAAUUCAUAGUUUAG